AUGCCGAGAAUACCGAAUCCUUUACCGGAAGAUCUUCUUGUGGAGAUUUUGUCAUGUAUCGCAGCUUCUUCCUUGUCAGAGGUUCGUAAUCUCAGAUUAGUUUCGAAACCGUUUCGACGUAUUUGCGAUGAUGGAUAUGUUCUCCGCAGACUUUCGCUCCAAGAAACCCCUCUGUUCCCAUGGCAUCGCGACCAUGAAACGUUCUCCAAUUUUUUCAAAAGAUGUCGCAAGAAUGGAAACCCCGAAGCUUUGUAUCGCAAAGGAUUCAUCUACUACUUUCUACAGUACCUUGAGCACAAAGGACUCAAAUAUUUAGCCGAAGCUGCAGAAAAAGGACACAAAGAGGCUAAAUAUGUCUAUGGGCUGAUUCUUAUCUGUCUUGGAGGCCAAACAAAACAAAAUGGUUUCAAGAUCUUGUCUUCUGUUACAAAGCCGUUGUUGUCAACUACGAUGGAUGAGCUGGUGGAACUUCGAUACAAGAUUGAAAAGAUUAGAGACAGCGAAUGGGAUCGUGCCAACCCGGUGAUGGAACAACUCAAAAUAGUCUACGUUCGAGAGAAGUGCAAUGGUAAAACCAUGAUGUUCUUAGCAAGGAACUGUGGUUGGCAUCCAUAG